ACAAAAGACGAAAAAUGUUAACUAAUUCCAUCAACAACAAAUGAGUGAAAAAAGUGCUACAUCAUCUAAAUCUCAUUUUUCCUAUGAAGAGGGGCACAAGCGUGAAACACGAAAGAGUUAUCAAGCUUACGUCCAGGAAAUGACAGGAUCCAACACUGAAGAAUCAUCAUCUGCAACUUGCGACGAUGCUAGCGAUGACAAUAAUGUGCGUCGAUCGAGGCGAACACCAGUACCGAAAAGAAGUUUCAAGUUGAUUGAUGAUUAUGAUCCAAAAGAGUCGGCUAAAAAAAAAUCUGUGAAAGAGGGUAGAGGAAAAACAAACAAGAAGAUAAAAGCUGCAGAAGAAACAUCAGAAAUAAAAGAGCAGCCAAGUGUUGAACUUAAUUUAAAUAAAAUGGAGGCUGAAGAUGAUAAUGAAGUUACGCCUAGAAAAUCAUCGCGAGCACCCAAACCAAAAAAGUUUCAAGACAGUAUAGCUCCUCCUUGCAUAAAAAAACCUCAUUUACCAAAACAAGAAAAUGCUGAGUUGGUGGAUGAAAAACAAAUAAGCAAAUCCAGAAGAAGAAAAUCAAAAGAAAACGCAGCGCACGUUGAAUUUCUUUCUCCUGCUGAGUCAGCAAAAUUAAAGAAGAGUAAAAAAUCCACAUCAGAAGUUACUGAACCUCAAUUAUCACCAACAAAAACAAAAAGAACCAAAGGUGGCGAGAUAAAAUCUCCUGAAAAAGCAAAACCUGUUAAAAAGUCGAAUAAACGUAAAAGAAGUGUAACAGAUGACAAGAAGGGACUGCCAUCUGAAGAGCUAGAUACAUCUCAAGAAUCUUCACCAAAAAAACAGAAGAAAAAACCAAUGUAUGAGAGUUACGUCACAACAGGUAGUAAAAAAUAUGUAGAAGUGGAAAAAGAAGAAGAGGAACAAGGAGUGGAACAAGAAGACAUUGUCAAAGACCUAAAGUCUCCGAGUAAAAAGAAGAAAAAGAAGAAGAAAAAGAGAGUUAAGGAGAAAGAAGAAGUAACAACAUCACCUAAAAAAAAGACUACUACAACUCCUCCAAAGUUGAUAGUCUCAUUUAAAAAGAACAUAACAGCUAGUGAUAAAAAGAAACAAAAGACAAGCGUUUCCCGUGAUGAUGGCAUCGAAAAAGCAGUGACUGAAAGUUCUAUGGAUGUUCAAAUCCAUCCGACGGAUGCACCAGCCACUUCAGCAGACAUAAAUACCACUCCUACGUUGGAGACUCCAACCACUCCACUGGAGUGUGUAGAAGAAAAGUUACCUCAUCAGAAAAAAAACAAGAAGAAAAUCAAGAAGAAACUUGACAGUAAAAAUCAGAAGGUGGUUGAUGUUAAAACGUUUCUCGUGGAAGAUGAGAAUGUGGUGAAAGUGAAGAAGAAGAAGAUUUAUAAGAAGAGAGGCAGUAAAAAGAUGUUGGUGAGAAUCAUAAAGAAUCAUUGCAAUGCAAAUGGUCAGAUUGUGAAAACAGAAACUGUUCUCGUUGAUAAUGUUCCUGUUGAAGACAAUGCAGGUAAAGUAGAUGAAGUAAGCGAGACAAAAAAUGAUGUGCUAGAGACUUUAGAUUUUCCGAUCGAAGAAAAUAACGAUGUUGAGGUACCAUGGUGUGACUAUGAUGAAAAUGAGAUGCAAUCUGACAUCAAAACAGAACCUAUUGAUCAGAAGGAGGCACCAACUGACGUGUCUGGAGAAGAUGCUUCUAGGUUUGAGGCAGAAAAAACGAAAACAAAAAAGUCGGCAUUAAAAAAAUCUUCCAAGAAAGUGGUUUCCAAAAAAACAUCUUUGAAAGCUCAAAAGAAAGCGUUGUCCCGCCCGGCUAACAAAAAUGUCACUGUGGGUGGAAAAGUGGUGGGUAAGACAACCAAAGGGAUGAAGAAGACUGGUGUGGCAGUGCUGGAUAAGGUCGCGUCUCCAAAAUCACCAACCAAAAAGACAGCUAGUGGUGGUGAAGUUAAUGUUGCUUGUCAUUCAGAACCGAAAAACGCAUACAAUUUAUUUUGUCGGAAAUACAGACCUAUUAUCGUCCAACAACAUCCAAAAGCAGAUUUUGCUGAGAUCAGCAGAAGACUUGCUGCUCUUUGGAACACUGCAUCCGUUGCUGAAAAGCAGGAACACCGAGAAAGGUUUAACGAAAUACAAUCAAGUUCGCGCGCAAAAAUGUACAAGCUAAACCGCACAUCUCCUUCUUUAUGGACUGAAACCGAGUUCAAGUACAUUAAGAAAGCCAUCAGCGAGAAAGAAGCCUUCUCCAUUCCCACGUACAGUGUGCGAAGACUUCAACCUGUUGAUUUUGCUGCUCAUCUCCAACUAUUGGGAGAUUCACUCACGGUUAUUGCGGGAGCGUUGGAACAACAGUCCGCAAUGACGGUACAUGGAGCGAUGUCGGUACUGUUGGAUUCCAUGUUGUGUGCUCUACCUCCCUUGCUCUUCCUUACGUCGUGUAUACCAGAAAUAGCUAGUGUGGAUGAAGAUCAACAGGCUCGUACGCUAGAUAACAUUGCAUAUAUCUUACCCGGUCUAUAACAUCAACAAGCAUUUCAUCGCAGUGAGAACAUAUGCUCUCCAUUGCAUUGAAGAACACAUGCUCUCCAUCGCAUUAACAACUGAUGCUCUUCAUCGCUGUGAGGAACAGAUGCCCAAUCCGUACUUAAUUUCUCUGUAUUUUAAUAUACUUCAUUUAAUGACUAGUCAUGUCAUGUGACAUCUACGAAAGCGAUUUUUUUUUACUUUGUUAUCAAAGAAAUAACUUCGUCAAAAACAUGUACUCAGUGGUAUGAAGAAAACAGAGAUAUUAGAUUGUAGAAAUGUAUAUAUAAUUUAUCUCUCUACCUUUGUAAGAUAGAAUUAUUUCAAUAAAAAAUUCGCCAUUUGUGGGAAA